AACGUCCGAUAGUCUAUGAAAGUAGUACAUACACAUCAACAAAUGCUGUACAUUAUUAUAUAUGAAGGUACCCCUAAAUUCUUCUCUCUCUUCACCCCAGAAACAAGAAAUCAGCCAACAAACCCACAAUUCUUGAAUCAAAAGAAUACUUGGAUCAAAAUGAUGCAUAUGACCUUUUAUUGGGGGAAAAGGGUGACAAUCUUGUUCGAUUCUUGGAAAACAGAUUCAUGGAUCGGAUAUAUAAUUUCCCUUCUUGCAUGCUUGCUUUUCUCUGUCUUCUACCAGUACAUGGAGGACCGGCGGCUGAAAUUUAAGCUACUCUCUCUCAACGACACCAAAAACUCCUCUUCCUCUGGAGGCGAUGGAGGCGGCGGCGGAGGUGUCACUAGCCCUCUACUUUACUCAAAGACUGGUGGUGGGAAAUGGAGUGCAUCAAGAUUUGCUGGGGCGAUUAUGUUUGGAGUAAACUCAGCCAUUGGCUACUUUUUGAUGCUGGCAAUCAUGUCCUUUAAUGGUGGGGUGUUUAUUGCGGUGGUUUUGGGGCUGGCUGUUGGGUAUUUGGUUUUUAGGAGUGGUGGUGAUGGGGGAGAGUUACUGGUGGCUGAUAAUCCAUGUGCUUGUGCUUGAUUAAAAUCUUGAAAAUUCAUGAUCUGAUGUUUAUGUUUUAGAUGUAAUUAAAAUCACAUGUAUUAUCCGAAUCAUAUUUUAAAGAGUUUAUUUCCAUUUUCAUGAUUGGAUUAGGGGUUC